AUGAGUAAAGAGCUGGUAGACAGCGUGAAUCCAGAUGACGCAGCCACUUUGCUGCUUCAGAUUGAUGAUCAGUGCGAAGAACAGGAGCAACAUCCCGAUAGCUAUUUCGAUACUUACCUAGGGCCAUUUGGUGCCUUCCGCGCACCUCGGCCAGAGCUGGAGCCUACUGAAGGGCUGACAUGCCCUUCCAUAAAGCCUCCAUCAUAUCAGCAUGUUCCUAUCGCAGAUGAUUUCAACACGGCGUUCGAGGAAGCCUUGAUCAAUGACCCUCUUAUGGAAUGUCUUUUUGGGGGGAUAGAUGUAAAUGCCACAGGCGACUUCCAAACGGAAAGCUUCUUCAACAUUACUGGGACAGAAAAUCACGAACGUUCAUCACAGCAGUCUGUGACUGAGAGCUCAGAAAUGUUGAUGGAUCUGCCAUCAUUGUCCCAACAUAUCCAGUACACGCCAACUAUUCCCAAUCUGGCUCCGGCGGAUGCCCCUUUUCUGUUAUCAGUAUAUAAAAGCCAGGUGGUCACAUCAUUCUCCCCGGUCCAAUCCACAAAGUCUCCCUGGCAUAUUCUUCACGUGCCGAGUGCCAUGGGGACUUUCGCUCAGUUAACCAUGGGGGAGCAGCCAGGUAAUGCACAGUUGUGUAUCUUCUAUGCAAUACUAGCUACUGGUGCUUACAUGCAGCGUGCAGUUUCAACGUCGCAAGGGCAUCGUGAAUACUGGCAAAGGCAAUCAGAGUCAUACGCUGUUUCCGCUCAGAAUUAUCUCAAGGUGGCACUUCAAGAUAUGUCAGCUACCCUGAAAAAGAGUAAAUACAAAGACAUCCUCAUCUCUUUAAUGUGUAUGAACACCGUCUUCAGGAAAAUACCGCGAGCCAAUACUAACCAACUGCUUGGAGAUAAACAGGCAUAUCAGGGUAAUGAAGAUCGCAUUAGGAGAUGUCUCCUGGACUGUGAAAAUUGGAUUCGCUUCCGUGGUAUACCUAAGACACGUAAAUCACGGAAAGUACGACUGUUACACCACUGUUAUGUGUAUCUCCGCAUCUUCUAUGAGAGCACAUCAGUGUCGCAUGUAAGGGGCUCCAGUAUGCAACAAGAGAUGAAUGAAUCGCCAGAUACCAUUACGUCCGUGGCUUCUAGUCCCUCUUUUCGUCUUCGGCAAUGGGAAGGCCGACUUGAUCAGAGAAUGAAUGAACUAAAAGAACAGCAUUUGGGUGAGAAUGACAUCCACCUUGAGAUCCCGGGUCGAUGGGAUUCUACGAUGUACCCUCAUGUGUUUGGUAUGCCAGAGACUCUUUUAUUCUUGCUGUCCCAAGUGACGCGCCUGGGGAAUGAGCGAGACAUGUCCGAUCUAGACGGUGGGUCAAGUAUCCUGGACUUUAGACAGUUUUCUUCACGGGCUCGGAGCCUUGAACGGUAUAUAUGUACAUGGAGACCCUCCUCUUCCCCUUUCCACGGCGAAGACAAUGAAGACGACGACUUGAAUGGGAAUGGUGCUUUUAAGGCCAACACUAUACUGAGCAGUCAUAUGGUCCUUGCUCUGCACAAAGCACUGCUGGUCUUCUUCUACCGGCGAAUAUACGAUGUGGAUCCAACUAUACUGCAAGAUAGGGUCUGGCAGGUUCAAGACUCUUUGUCACGAUGUGAUCGUGGCGAUAUCCCUACCGCCCCUUUGUUGUGGGCUGCAUUCGUCGCAGCCUGUGAAGCGCUGGACCCAACCCUACGAGACUGGUUCACGAACUGGUUCAAUAGGUCGUUCAAAGCAAGUGGGUUACAGAACUUCAAGUUCGCCCUUAACAUAGCCAAGCAAGUUUGGGAAAAGCAAGGGCGAUCUUUGAGUAGCGAUAAUAGUACUAGCUGGCCACAGGUUAUGCGGGACAGCGGCAUGACCUCAACUGUGGCUUCUUGCAGGAACGUCGCACUCAAAGGUUUGAGCUCCAUUUGUAGUAGCCAGGUUGAAAACCAUGGUACAAUGCUACUGUUCACGGAAGUGAACGAGGUGAUCAUGAAUGUACCACAGUGA